AUGAAACAGAAAUUAGCUGCUGACAAUUUCUCUUUUAGAAAUUGUUCCUUCAAAUGGUCGAGUAAAGUAACGUAUUUAGGAGUUGACUUAGAUCAACGCUUGUCAUUUAAAACUCAUAUUGAAAGAGUCGUAAACAGAGCUCGUUCGGUGGUAUCCUCUCUUUAUUGCCUUUUCCGUAAAAAUAAUUCUGUGUCUUUUCAUGCCAAAUUGACUGCUUACAAGACUCUCAUUAAGCCGAUCAUGACUUAUGCUUGUCCCAUAUUUAGUAAUUGUCCGGUGAUUCACUUCAAAAAAUUACAAAUACAGCAAAACCAGAUGUUGAGAAUGGUGCUUAAUGCACCAUUUUUCACUCGAACGACGGACUUACACGAACAAGCUAAUGACAUACCGACAGUCCGGCAAUUUGUGGACAAGCUGACAAGACAAUUUUACAGCAGAGCUUCUAGUCAUGACAAUAAGUUAGUCAAAAAUUUAGGAAAAUAUGACAUUCACAACAUGGGAUUCAGGCUUAGUUUAGGUUUAGAAUUAGGUUUAAAUGUUAGUUUAUUAUCUACGCAAGUAUUAGUAAGGUUUUUCAGAAUUUUCCUUACAUUGCAUCAUUUUCGCAAGACACAUCAGAGAUUUCCAGUGUUAAGUUAG